GAAGCCUGUCCAGGGAAACUGUCGGCGGAAGUCCGCGGGCCCAGUGGACUGGUCCCCGUUAAGGUGGAGAACGUCGGCAAGGACCGGGUCAAAGUCAGUUUCACCGCAAUUGCCGAAGGUCAUCACGAUAUCCACGUGUGGUGGUCGGAGCAGCCCAUCCCGCACUCCCCGUUCCCCGGCUGGGCCGAGCCGGCCCUCAUCCCCAUCGACGCCGGCCGGGUGCGGCUGCGCGAUCGCGGUCUGACGGAGGCCAAAGUGCGCGAGGAAGCCGAGUUCAUCAUCGACGGCUAGGAGGCCGGACCCGGCGAACCGGAAGUCCACAUCAGCGGCAUCAAAGCCGACAUCCCGGUGACGCUGCAGCAUCUGGGCAGUAACGUCUACAAAGCGACGUACACGGCGCAGCACAGCGGCUCCUACGUCCUCAACGUCAAAUGGAGCGGGGACACGGUGAAAGGGUGCCCGUACAAACUGACGGUGGCGUCCGCCGGGGAUGCCAGUAAGGUGGUGGUCAGUGGGGAUAUCAAGAGCGGGAUGAUCGGCAAGGAUAUCAAGAGUAUGAUCGAUACGCGACGCGCCGGACCAGGCGAACUGUCCGUACACUGUAUGGGUCCGCAUAAAGAGGCGUUCUGUGAGCUGUAUGACCACCGGGACGGAACGUACACACUGCGAAUCAAACCAGCCGAAGCCGGUCAACAUUUGCUCACCAUCAAGUACAACGGAGAACACGUGCCCAGGACGCUGUCAACGGUUAGCUCCAUCAUCGCAUUGAUUAUUACAAUGUUUUCUGUGUUUCUGUUUAUAGGAAGUCCAUUUGCCAUUAAAAUUGCCGGUACACCCGAUCCCAGCAAGGUGCGCGUGUACGGUCCGGGGGUGAAUCACGAUGUGCUGGCCAGUUAUCAGAGCCGGUUCAUGUGCGAGACCAAAGGUGCCGGUGCUGGGCAAUUAACCGUGCGCGUGCGCGGGCCCAAAGGCGCCUUCCGCGUGGAGAUGCAGCGCGAGAGUCAGAAGGACCGCACCAUCCUGUGCAAGUACGACCCCACCGAGCCCGGCGACUACCGCAUCGAAGUGAAAUGGUCCGGCGAGCACGUGCCCGGCUCGCCCUUCAACAUCUGGAUCUUCGACACGGAGGAGGAGCUCAACCGUUUCCUGCGCACCGGCGAAAUCCCCCGUCCCUCUAGUCCCUCGGCCGGCUACGUGCACGGCGGCGGCCCCAUGCCGGAGUACACGUACGGCAACGCCAGCGGCGUCUACGUCGCCUCCCCGCCGCCGCCGGCGGCUACCUCCUAUUCGCAGUGGCGUCGUGGAUCCGCCGAUAUCUGAGACGAAUGCAAGAGAAUGCAAGAGAUUCUAGAGAGAUUUUAUGUUGUUUUGUGACGCGCGCGCCAUGCUUUUCAAAGGGAUCUUUUGUCCCCCGCGAUGGUGUGUUAUAUAUAGACUGUGAUGUGUGCCCCCUUCUCCCUGUUAUUAUCUUUUUGUUGAGCUCUGGCUUGAUUUGUGGUUCAGAGACUAGAAUUAUUAUUCCGCAAAGUUCCUGCUUAUUCAGUUAAUCCCCGAUUUUGCCUGCAGUUUGGAGGUGUAAUCUUGUUUUUAUCCGGUGGUGUGCGCUAUGUACCCGGCUGUUCAGAGUUCAAACCCGAAAAUAUU